AUGUACAAACCAUUCUACACUUUACACGAACAAUUAGAAGCUGACUUUCCAUUAAUUUGGUCUAAGCUACAAGUGGAAAAGGUAAACGAAUUGGCAUUGCUCAUCACAUGGAAGGGAUCUGAUGAAUCUUUGAAGCCAUUGCUAUUUGCCUCUCAUUUGGAUGUCGUUCCUGUGGAGAGACAAACAUGGGACGAGUGGAAGCAUCCACCCUUCAGUGCAGAUAUUGAAUACGACCCCGAAGACUACCUAAAAAGCACUGUAUGGGGGCGUGGUUCAUUCGAUGACAAAAAUAUGUUAAUCGGCGAAUUGCAAGCCGUUGAACUGUUAUUGUCAAAAGGAUUUGAACCAAAGAGAGGUAUUAUUAUUGCUGUUGGAAGUGACGAAGAAGCAAGUGGGUUUUUUGGCGCUCAAAAGAUUAACGAGGUUUUGCUUGAAAGAUAUGGAGAGGGUGGCAUUUAUGCAAUUGUUGACGAAGGUUUAAAUGGUAUCCAGGUUAAAGAAGGUGUGCAUAUUGCAUCACCAGGAACAGGUGAAAAGGGCUUUAUCAAUUUCUGGAUUCACUUAACAACACCAGGUGGCCAUUCCUCUGUCCCACCAGACCAUACUUCGAUUGGUAUUGUUUCUGGUUUAUUGAAGAAGAUCGAAAGCCAAAAAUUCCCAGUGUUGUUCACUGAAAAAAAUCCUGUGUCUCAAUGGUACCAAUGUGUUGCCCAAUAUUCUCCAGAUAUGGAUAAUGAAUUGAGAUUCGACUUUUUGAAUGCUAUGAAUGAUGAAGAAUCUAAUGCGCACGUAAUUAGCUAUCUUUUGGAAACCGGCGGUAAAAAAGUGGAAUAUCUAUUGCGUACUUCCCAAGCCAUUGAUAUUAUUGAUGGUGGUUUCAAAGCAAAUGCUCUACCAGAAACUGUUUCUGUUCUAAUUAAUUCCAGAGUAGCUCUUGAAUCCACGGUUAAUGAAACCAUGGCCAAAUUUAUCAACCAAAUCAAAGAGACUUGCGCGGAAUUCGAUUUAGGUCUUGAGUACAAUGGCUUAGAAAUCAUUGAAAAAACUGAAUACGGAUCUUUCUCGGUAGAAAUUGAUGUUGGAAGAGACCCAAUCCCCUCUUCACCAAACAACGACGUCUGGAAACAUUUUGCGGGAAGUAUAAAGUCUUUCUACGAAGACGUUGUAUUCCCAGCUAGGUUCGAGAACCCUCCUAAUGAGCUUGUUAUUGCACCAACUAUAAUGAGCGGUAACACUGACUGUAUGAAUUACUUAUCUUUGACAGAUAAUAUCUACAGAUUCCAACCAGGUUUCAUAAGCCCCGAUACCAUUGGCACUAUCCAUUCAGUGAAUGAACAUGUUGAUUUCGAAACUGUUAUGAACUCCGUCGCUUUUGUGUACCAUUACAUCGAGGCCGUUCAAUUAGUAUAA